AUAAAUGAAAUAAAAUGUGUUUAAAAAGCCCACAACUGAGCCCCCUGUAGUGUAUCUGCUGCUUCAUUCUUUCAUCACUCCUCUGUGCGCUCAGGAGGAGGAGGAGGAGCGAGAGGGAAUCCCAGGAAGGGGUUACAAAUAUCGCGUUGCUGCUGUCGCCCCGUCCAGUCCAGCAACCAGAAGCUUCAGAGGAAGUGAAGGUUGAGGAGCAACGGAUGAAUGAAUGAAUGAAACGGAGACAAGAGUCCAAACUUUACGCGUUUUUUGAAGAGGGGACGAGAGAGGGUAUAUAGGGACGAGCUCUCCUCACUCAACCCCGGUGAUGUUUACUGGACCGGACAGACAGGGCGGAUCAGCGGCAAUGUCAGCCCGACCGAGGUGCUCCUGCUCCGGGAUGAAAUGAAGCGCGUCUCGGAGCGGCGCUGCUCCACUCCGGAGCAGUAGUGCGUGAAAUCAUCGCUUUGGUUCGUUUUAUCAGAGCUUUUGAACACGUUGUCCUUUUUGUUGUGUGUGACCAAAUGUGGGAAGAAGAGACGAGAUUGUCGUGGAGCAACAGAAGAACUUGGGUUCAGCUAUACGUGGUGUGUUUUUGCAGUGAUUGUUCCUUCAGGCCUGUGAUUGUCCGGCUGCUGGACACCAUCAUCAGACUGGCAACAUGUCAAGGAUGACCGCAGAGACAGCAGCAUGACUGGACACCCUGAGACACAGCAGGACACGGGUCAGACGUGAGGCUGCUGAGAGAAAACACUGUGUUUUUCCAGAGAGAUAUCUCUUAAUGGGACUGCUUGGCAUUUGUGUGUUUUCCUGGGCUUCUUCUUCGACGUGACACAGCUAUAGUGUGCACCAGGACGCUAUACUGCUGCUGCUGCUGCUGUGCAGUCCGGGUGUGAACUGCUGCUGCAGCCCUGCAGGGUCAAAACGCAGAAUUAGUGGAGGUCAAGAGAUUGUUUUAGUGAGGGGAAAUCCCCACCAGGAGCUGCUCAUUACGCCAUGGAUGACUCGGGGAUAAUCCGGCGCCGGAGGCUGCAGAAGGAUUUGCCACUGCCUCGCAAGAACAGCAGUUGCCGUACAAGCAACAGGAAAAGUCUGAUCCUGACCACCACCUCUCCCACGCUGCCUCGCCCACACUCCCCUCUUCCCCUCCCUGGACACCUCGGAAGCAGCCCUCUGGACAGCCCACGAAACUUCUCUCCCAGCAACCCGGCACACUUCUCGUUCGCCUCCUCCAGAAGAGCGGACGGACGACGAUGGUCUUUAGCAUCUCUGCCCUCUUCUGGAUAUGGCACCAACACUCCCAGCUCAACGUCCUCCAGCUCCUCGCAGGAGCGGCUGCACCAGCUGCCCUUCCAGCCGACCAUGGAUGAGCUCCACUUCUUAUCCAAGCACUUUGGCAGCACCGAGAGCAUCACGGAUGAUGAUGGGGGCCGCUGCUCUCCCCACAUGCGCCCACGCUCCCGCAGUCUCAGCCCAGGACGUUCCCACUCCUGCUACGAUAAUGAGAUAGUCAUGAUGAACCAUGUGUACAAAGAGCGCUUUCCAAAGGCCACAGCGCAGAUGGAGGGGAGGCUGGCCGAGUUCAUCCAGGCUUGGUCUCCUGAAAACGUUCUUCCGCUGGCCGACGGAGUCCUCAGCUUCAUUCACCACCAGAUAGCUGAGCUGUCCAGAGACUGCCUGGCCAAAUCCCACGAGGGCCUCAUCACAUCUGUGUACUUCUUUGAGCUGCAGGAGAACCUGGAGAAGCUUCUUCAGGAUGCCUUUGAGCGUUCGGAGAGCUCCGAGGUAGCCUUCGUCACAGAGUUGGCGAAGAAGCUUCUCAUCAUCAUCUCCCGACCGGCCAGGCUUCUGGAGUGUCUGGAGUUUAACCCCGAGGAGUUCUACCACCUGCUGGAGGCAGCAGAGGACCACGCCAAGGAGGGUCACCUGAUGAAAACGGACAUCCCUCGUUACAUCAUCAGCCAGCUGGGAAUGACCAGAGACCCUAUUGAAGAGAUGGUAAACCUCGAUAGUUACGACAGCGAGGGACCGCUGACACCUGAAACAGAUGACUCGACGGAGGGUAAGAUCAGAGCAAUGAAACCUCCAGAAGAAGCAGACUUCCAGACCAUCAAGCUGAUCAGUAAUGGAGCGUACGGCGCUGUGUACCUGGUGCGUCAUCUGGAGACACGCCAGCGAUUUGCAAUGAAGAAGAUCAAUAAGCAAAACCUGAUCCUGAGGAACCAGAUCCAGCAGGCCUUUGUAGAGAGAGACAUCCUCACCUUCGCAGAGAAUCCCUUUGUCGUAUCCAUGUUCUGUUCCUUCGAAACCCGCCGGCACCUCUGCAUGGUCAUGGAGUACGUAGAAGGUGGAGACUGUGCCACUCUGCUGAAGAACAUCGGGGCUCUGCCUGUGGAGAUGGCGCGCAUGUACUUUGCAGAGACCGUCCUUGCACUGGAGUACUUACACAACUAUGGCAUUGUGCACCGUGACCUCAAGCCUGACAACCUCCUGAUUACCUCAAUGGGCCACAUCAAGCUCACAGACUUCGGCCUUUCUAAGAUGGGUCUGAUGAGUCUGACCACCAACUUAUAUGAAGGACACAUAGAGAAGGAUACCCGGGAGUUCUUGGAUAAACAGGUGUGUGGGACUCCAGAGUACAUCGCCCCGGAGGUUAUUCUCCGUCAAGGUUAUGGGAAGCCAGUGGACUGGUGGGCUAUGGGCAUCAUCCUCUAUGAGUUCCUGGUGGGCUGUGUGCCUUUCUUUGGAGACACUCCAGAGGAGCUGUUUGGUCAGGUCAUUACAGAUGACAUAGUGUGGCCAGAAGGGGAUGAAGCUCUCCCUCUUGACGCCCAGCACCUGAUCUCCUCCCUUCUGCAGACGAAUCCACUGGUUCGACUGGGAACAGGUGGUGCUUUUGAAGUGAGGCAGCACUCAUUCUUCACAGAAGUGAACUGGAACAGCCUGCUGAGACAGAAGGCAGAGUUCAUUCCUCACCUAGAGUCCGAGGAAGACACCAGUUAUUUUGACACCCGAUCUGAGCGCUACCAUCAUGUGCAGGCAUACGAUGAGGACGACACCAACGACGAUGAGCCUGUGGAGAUACAUUGCUUUUCAUCCUGCUCCCCUCGCUUCAGCAAGGUGUACAGCAGCAUGGAGCAUCUGUCCCAGCUGGAGCAUAAAACCCCUGGCGUGACUCUACGGGAGCACAAGGUCCCCAGGGAGGAUCGACUGGCCAAGAGAGAAAGCCUGGGUAGCCUCACCCUCAGGGACAAGAGCUGGAGGACUGGAUCGCCCGAGAUGUACGACUGCCUUGCUUUCCUCAGGAAGCGCUUAUCCUGCUCGGAGUCCUCCUUCACUGAGAGCGACUCCAGCCCACCAUCCGGGGCCCGAAGACGCUUCUCCGCCCUCAUGGAUACGCACCGCCUGCCCUCCCCUCUGGAAGUCGACUCAGAGCUGCAUCUCCCCAGCAGGCAGCCUCCAGUGAAGGCCAGAGGGGCUUCCCUAGAAGGAGCCAUGGCUGCCAUCACCUCUCAAGGCGAUCUGAGAACACUCCUUAAAGACAGCAAUGGGCUCGCAGCUGGAGACAAGGUUUUAAGACCUGCUGAUGCACCGUCGCCUCUACCAGGCACUGUUCUGGGGCAUCCAGACCCACAGGGGCCCCGUGGGGCCGCCACUGACCUGGUGCUGCGGAGGGUUCGCCACCAGCAGCUCUCAGCUGAAGGAGAGAAACGGAACUCGCGACCAGGAACCAAAGUUAUCAAAUCUGCUUCUGCUACUGCAUUGUCUGUAAUCAUUCCUGCAGUGGAGCAACAUGUGGCCUCCCCGCUAGCAAGCCCCAUGUCACCUCGCUCCCUCUCGUCCAACCCGUCCUCCCGGGACUCCUCUCCCAGCAGAGACUAUUCUCCCAUGGUCAACAUCCUGCAUUCUCCGAUCACCAUCCACCGCUCGGGGAAGAAGUAUGGCUUCACUCUCCGAGCCAUCAGAGUCUACAUGGGAGACAGUGACGUUUACAGCGUUCAUCACAUGGUCUGGCAUGUGGAGGAUGGAGGUCCCGCCCAGGACGCUGGACUUAGCGCUGGUGACCUCAUCACUCAUGUAAACGGGGAGUCGGUCCAUGGUCUGGUCCAUACAGAGGUGGUGGAGCUCAUCCUGAAGAGUGGAAGCAAGGUGACAGUUACAACCACUCCAUUUGAGAACACCUCCAUAAAAGUUGGUCCUGCUCGCAAGUCCAGCUAUAAAUCCAAGAUGGCGCGGCGAAGCAAGAGGACAGGAGCCAAGGAGGGACCAGAGAAGAAGCGCAGCUCCCUGUUCAGGAAGAUCACCAAGCAGUCCAACCUGCUCCACACCAGCCGGAGCCUCUCCUCUUUAAACCGCUCUCUUUCGUCUGGAGACAGUCUCCCAGGCUCCCCCACCCACAGCCUCUCCGCCCGCUCGCCCACUCAGAGUCUCCGCUCCACUCUUGCUGAAUCCCCUUACGUGGGCACCUCCUCCCAGAGCAGCUCCCCAGCAACCAGCACCCCCAACUCCCCAGCAGCUUCUCACCACAUGAGGCCCAGCUCCCUGCACGGCCUCUCUCCCAAACUCCACCGCCAGUACCGCUCCGCUCGCUGCAAAUCCGCCGGCAACAUCCCUCUCUCCCCCCUGGCUCACACCCCCUCCCCGACCACCUCCUCCCCCCCGCCCCUUAGCGGCCACACGGUGGGGAGCUCCAACACCACGCAGAUGUUCCCCGCCAAGCUGCACUCCUCGCCUCCCGUCGCUCGCCCCCGUCCCAAAAGCGCGGAGCCGCCCAGGUCCCCCCUGCUGCAGCGGGUGCAGUCGGCGGAAAAGCUGGGGGGGGCCGAUCCUACCUCCUCGUCUUCGUCGUCGUCGUCGCCUUCUCCUCUGACGGGCGGGGUGUCUUUGCGCAAGCAUAGCCUGGAGGUGGCGCACGGCGACUACAGGAGGGACUCCUUCCACUGUGAGCACAGUCUACAAAGCCUGCUGGAGAUGGAAGGAGAGAACGGACCCGCUCCCCCGUCUCCGUCAUCGUCUUCCUCCCCCUCUCCUCCCAUGGGAGGGGAGAUCGGAUGCCUGAAGCCUGUCAGGAGGCUGGGAAGGCAGGAGUCGCCGCUCAGCCGUGAUACUCUAAUCACAUCAAGAGAGAAAGACACCCAGACCACGGCGUCUGAGUUCACUGAGAGUAUGGCUGCCAAAGCUGAGUCCAAGACCUAUGUUGAUAAAACAUUAUCCACUGCUGAGGUUCUAAAGAAUAACGCUGCAGUGAAGUCCAGUCCAGGUUUGGUUUCAUCCACUACAGAGGCCAAGCUGAGCCAAGGGGACAAACCUCAAAAAGAUAUCGCUUCAAGUUCCGAGGUCUCGAAGAGUAAACUCGGUGAGAAAAUCUCAGCUCUCAGCACGUCAAAGGGCCCGCAACAACAAGACAGUAAGCAGCAGAGCGUACAGACAGAGAGAGAACCUGCAACUAAAGCUCAGGAGAAGACUGAGGAGAAAGCGAAAGGUGCUGCAGGCACAGAUAAAGCAAACAUGCAGAAAGUAUCAUCUGCAGAGCAGCCCAAGCCACGUAAAGGCACCGAGACCGGAGAGAAGGGAGGCAGCGACAAAGCAACCGAGACGACCAAGGUCAAAGGACCCGCGCCCCCGAUUCCCCCCCACGCUCAAACCCAAGCUGCAGCUCACGCGCCCGCUGUUACCAGAUCCAAAAUGGAGAAAGUAUCAAGCAGUUACCGUGGCGCCAAGGAGGAGAGGGCACACCUGGAGGUCCUUGAAGAGAACCCCAUGUCGCCCUCCUCUAACGCGGCCUCGCCCUGCUCGAGCAAGUCUCGCCCCAUGUCCCCAGGGGAUAAAGCCAGCUUCGUCACCCAGCUCACGAGCGUGGCUAAAACAGUGCUCGGGCCUAUGAAGGAGGGGGUCAAACUAAAAGAUGUGUCCAAGUUAAGCGAGGAGAAACGAGGAAACAUGAAACCAGAGGCUUCGUCUGGAGGCGGCCGCCGGGGGGCUCAGACGGCGACAGCAGCGAGCACCGGCACAGUCCAGUCGGAUAGAGGAAACAGCCGGAGCUCUAAGCAUCACUCGUGAUACGAGAGCUUCAGAUAGAGUCGGACUCUCCCAUGUAAUGCCUUUUACUGUAGCAUCACACUGACAUAUCAUGAGUUAACAUGACUUUGAAUGGAGGGGGGGAGACGUAAAUGCCUGAAGAAACAACACCAAAUAGAUGACGUGUGACAUGUAGACACAUAAGAUGUGAACAAAGCAGGGUUCCUACGCAGUAUGGAAUUUGAUUUUAGUAUUUUCCAGGUCUGAAUAAGUAUGGAAAAAAAGAAAAGAGAGUAUGGAAAAACAUUUCUGUUUCCAGACUGUUUCCCCUAUUCUGGUUUUCUAAAAAUUCAAAUUCAGAAUUUCUAAACAUGAAUUGAUCAUACAAGCAGCAGAGUGUUUGUCAUGGUGUUUGGAGCAGCCAAAAUGUUUACUACUGUGUGAGAGAGCACAGGCCAAAGCGGGCUUGAUGUCAUCGAAAGUAGGGAUGGUAAUUUGGAUUUUUUUUUCUAACCGACCCUCAUUAACCGAUUAUUGACCGUUAACCGACAAGAUAAGUGCGUUGCAGGUCGCAGUGCUAUUUUUAGUGCCUAACAAGACGCCUAGCUGCAAUGAAAAGCCGACGCACAAACAGGUUAAAUCCAUCAUUUAUCACCAGCUAGAGUGUCUGAGCAAGACAGACAACAGAGUCCCCAGUUCACCCGACCGGGAGAGUUACUGUAGCAGCCAGGAUGCUGCAUGUAUUGUCGUCGACAGGUGCAGCCACUUUCCCAGUAAAAGUCUCCACCGCAUCAUUUAGUUUAGCUGAGAGGUUGUCAGCAGUGUGUCUGGCUGGCGUAACGAUAGCGAGUGUCCACCAGACCGUGUGUGUGUGGCGGCGGUGAGUGCGGGGUUGUCGGUGACGUUAUAGCUGUGAAUGUAGCAGUGCAGUGCGUGUACAGUUUAUUUGUUGGUGAAUAAAUGCUACAACUCCUCAGCUCAAGACCCAAGCAAACUUCCUGUAUCUGUAACAUCGACUCAGACUCACUUACGGUGGGCUGUUAAGGUGAACCAGCUAUUCUCCUUUACGGUUAAUUAUUAACAUCCCUAGUUGAAAGCAAGGCAAGAAGAAGGCUAUGGUGUGCGACUGAACGCACACUCCUAUGCAGAACUGCCUCUACGCCUGUACGCCACAGCCAAGGCCGGCGACCAUAUAGGCGAUCCUGGUUUUGGUUGAAAUCUGAUUUGCUCAGUCAAUUACAUCGUGAAUGUGAUGAACUGUGGCUAGUGUUCCAGCUGACCGGUCUUGUUUUGAUUCAGUGCAGCGGUGACGUGCUGAUACAAACUGAGGAGGUGUCAUCCACUCUGGAGGUCUUCAGCAUCAUCAGAUUCUCUUUAAACCACAAAAACUGAAUUAGUGUUAAAAUCUCCAUCUCCAUCUCAAAGUCCCAGGAUGGAUUUCUGUCCCAGUCUUUCCCUGUUGCUAAUAGAGAGGCAGCAUAAUUGUUUUUCACGUAGAGCGGCAUUACCCCAAGUGCGAGAUGUUUGACAGUGGAAAGUUGUCCCUGUGGACUAAACGGCCACAGUGGGUAAAUGCAAGUUUUCUGAGGGCUGGCUUGACAAUCCCAAAUAUAAAGCCUGCUUUGUUAACAAUUCCAAAUGCAAAAAAGAUAGGUGGAUGUAAACUUUGUGUAAAAUCGUCGCGCCGAAGCACUGUAGUGUUGUCACAACAUCCUCUGCACCACAAGUCACAACGUCAAAUAUGGUCUGAAAUAUCUACCGAAAAGUCUGGAAAAUUGAGUCUGGAAAAAUAUGGAAUUUUGAAAUGUAAAAUGUGUAGGAACCCUGACAAAGACAUGGUAUCAUAAUGUAGGCCUGUGUAUGUACUGUAUGUUCAAUGUGUUGUGUAUAUAGGGAAAACAAAUGCAUAUGUCUUAAUGCAUGUCUGACACUGUACAUGGAAAAUGAAAGAAUAUUAUAAAAAAAAUAUGAAAAAAUAUAAAGCAGACCUUAAGGUGGUGAACACUGUGAACAACCUUUCAGCAGGCAAACUGUGUAAACAAGCAGGAUUCUGUUAUAAAUGGGCAUUACUCGCAUUUCAGAUCAGCUCCGGUCAUUUAGUUCAGUUGAAAUUGUUAAAGAACAACACAUACCUACGUGCGUAUUUCAGUUACUAAAUGAGUUCAGGCUUGUGAC